AUCGAAUGCCGUGACCGCAGCAAGUAAAAAGCUUCCGAAUGCUGGAGCAAGCAGAUCUAGCUCAUCUACUGGCGCAGCUGCUGUUGCAGCCACCUCUUCUGCAGCACCCACUGCCGCUCAAGCUGCCCAGGCAGACUCGUCUCGUCCAAAAAAGCCAGCGGCGUCGUACAUCACCGCAGGUCAUAUCGGAAACGUCAGGCAUGGCGGGAAGCAGAUCUGUUCGAUGUUAUGGCAAAGGUUGACUCGAGAUCAUGUCGACUUCGAUGAAAGUAAUCACUUUCACUAAUAAUGAAUUCGGUAUAAGUAAUUCUAUUUCUAGCGUUAUCCUUAUCAAUCACGACUAACUGACUUAUUAAACUUGUCGAGAGGACAGGAUAUUCAGAAUCAAGCCAUCCAACUUCUUCUAAUCUUCGAUGUGAGCAAAGCCAGAGGCGUUCCUGAG